UUAUCGAUAAGCAAGAACGAACAAACAGCUGAUUGCUGGCGCUGGUGCACAAAUUUUUGUUAUUUCAUAAUAAAUUUGUAACUCUAGUUGAUUAUUUGAGAAGCUUCACUUAAAGGUGAAUCAAAACAUAAUGCAAAACACCCGCAGACUAACAAACCUGGCCCGGCUUUUGUUGCUGCGACGCACAGCGACAACGGCAACAACUCAAGCAACAAGCGCAAGCGGCGGCGACGGCGGCGCCGAGGAAACGACACAUUUUGGUUACCAAACGGUCAAGGAAAGUGAAAAGGAACACAAAGUUCAUGAGGUAUUUGAGCAGGUGGCCAAAUCGUACGAUCUGAUGAACGAUGCCAUGUCAAUGGGCAUUCAUCGUGUGUGGAAAGACAUCUUCAUCGAGCGUCUGGGACCAACACAUGGCAUGCGGGUGCUGGACAUGGCCGGCGGCACGGGUGACAUCAGCUUUCGCUACCUCAAAUAUCUGGCCAAACAGCCAAAUCCACAACAGCGUCAAAGUCAUGUCACCGUCUCCGAUAUCAAUCAACACAUGUUAAAUGUCGGCGAGGAGCGUGCCCGUCAAUUGGGUUUGACCGUUGAGCAGCUGCCCAAUGCCAGCAUUGAUUGGCAGUGUGCCGAUGCCGAGAAGCUGCCAUUUAAAAGCGAUAGCUUCACUGCCUACACCAUUGCCUUUGGCAUACGCAACUGCACGCAUGUGGACAAGGUGCUGAGCGAAGCGUAUCGUGUGUUGCAGCCAGGCGGACGCUUCAUGUGUUUGGAGUUCAGUCACUUGGAAAAUGAGGCGAUGCAAUGGCUGUACGAUCAAUACUCCUUCCAGGUGAUCCCGCCAAUGGGUCAGUUGCUCGCUGGCCAGUGGCAUGCGUAUCAAUAUCUGGUGGAGAGCAUACGACGCUUUCCUCGCCAGGAGCAGUUCAAGAGCAUGAUCGAGGAUGCGGGUUUCGUUAAUGCUACCUAUGAGAAUCUAACCUUCGGUGUGGUCAGCAUACACUCUGGGUUUAAGCUGUAGCUACUCCACAACUCGUGUCAACAAUAUAAUUCCUGUAAUUUAGAAACUCUUGCAAAGAGCUUCGCUGCAAUCGGUUUGCAAAGCACGUGCUGAAGUUUUGCUUUUUGUUUUUUUUUGUAUUUUUUAUGUUGGUUUUUAUGGCUUGCUUACAUGUCGACGUUGAAAUUGGAAGUUUUAUAAACACAUUGUUGAACAAAAACCAAAAAAAAAUAUACUAUAUAUUACAAUCGCGCCAAAAUUUAUGAGUUUUAC